AGAAUGUUCUUUUUAAAAUAAAAAAAAAAGAAUUAUCACGAUAUAUAUUACAGGGUCUUGAAAUGACUGAUAAUAAUAUGUAUUUUCUUUAUCCUAGUUAUUUUAUACAUGAAAAGUCUAUCAGUUAGAUCCAUUGCAGCAAUCGCUCUAGUCAACAUUGGCCUUGUUUAUGGGGCCGAUGGAAAUAUUAACGGACUCAGAUCACCACAGUGUGUAGAAGAUUUAAGUCGUUUACAAGUCGACUUGUUGCAACACUUUAAUGGUAUUUUCGGUACCUUUUCGGCCACAAAAGAAACAGAAGAAACGGAAGAAACGGAAGAAACGGAAGAAAUAUCUAAAGCGUCAGUCUACGGUCCUAUCGCAGCUCUUAAUAUUAACUCAACGGGAUACGACUACAAUACGAAUUCAAAGAGUAAUUGUGAAGACUACAAUGGUAUCUCAAGGUUGGGCUUAAUGGCUAAAGCAGCCCAUGUAAAUGGAGAUGUAUAUGGCGAAAUAUUUAAUGAGGAAGGAAGCAUCAACACAGCUAAUCAGAAAAACGAAUGCGGAAUGAAUUCUAUAGACCGCUCUGUAACCAAGCCCGACGAUUUGUCUUCAAGCUUAUGGUCUUUUGCCCCAUCAUCAAUCAAAAAGACAUCUCGUAAAUUGGCAUCUUUCGAAUCAGAUACUUUUAUAAACAGAAACAAAGGUCUGGUAUCGAAAUCAGAUGUGCGAUCGUUUCAUGGAUAUCGUAUUCUCAAACUUCCAGCCUGCUCAGAUGACAUAUGCAAACCAUUUGACCCAAACACAGAGAUCACAACAGCUAUUUUAAAAAGUAGACAUUCAGCAUUGAACACCCCAUUCCAAAACAUUCUUCCGACAGAAAUGAUCGUUUUUAAUGUUCCUGUUUAUGUCAACCACACUUUCACUAUAACCACAUUAGACGUGAACAAAAAUAUUUCGCCUUGUCAGGCUAUUUUUAACUUUUACCCUGUCGAUGCAUCAGGUGCGUAUGAUAGUAAUCCCUCUUCUACUUUUACUUUGGUGAGAGCACCUGAUGUAAAAAUAGCCGGUACAAUUUUAGCACCUCAAGGUAAUAAACCAACAGAAAUACGAGACAUUAUGUUGAUAAAAAAUUAUAAUUAGCCAAUAUUAUUGAUGGCUCCACCGGCUACUUUGGAGGUCAACUUAUUACGCUUCAAAACUACGAAGGACAUGGUGCGGAUAUCAAAGACUUCAAAUCUGUUUCUAACGGAGAGUGUUCAUCACGCUCUAUUUGCUGGCCUAUUAAUGUCACACACGUGGUUGUUGAAGUGGUCAAAGUGUCCACGUCGAAAACCCUUGUAUCCACUGUAACUGAAAUCACAGAUGAAAACGGU